UUCCCACGCCCCCGGGAGCACCGGGGGUCGGCGGGGCUGGGCUGGGCCGGGGGGAGGUACCCGGUUGGCGGUGCCAGGCAGGGCCCGGGCAAGCCCGGGGAAGGCAGGAGGUGUUGGAACGCAGCGCGGGCAGGAGGAGCACCCACAGCCCCCGGGGGGGUUGCUGUGAUGUUGGGCUGGGCGCUGGGUGCAGCCCUGGCAGGAGGAGCUGGCGGGGGGCCCGGCCCCCUCCCCGCCAUCUCGCCCCCACGUCGGGCUCCGGAUGGAGCUCCUUUUCCCACCCCUAGCAUCGGGGUGUAGAUAUAACCCCCCCCACCCUGUCCCAGGGCAGCAGUGGGUGGUGUGGGGGGCAUUCUGCCCCGGAGGGGGGUGGGCGCAGGGUUUUGUUGGCUGCUUUGCUUCAUCCUGUGUCCUUCCCCCCCCCCCCCCACUGUGCCCGGCUCAGCUGUCGUGUGCUUAAUCCUGCCUGGUUAGUGGGGAGCAGCUGGGAUGCAGGAGGGACCCCCUUGUCCAUUGUCCUUCAUGGUCGUGUCCCUUGUAGACAAGAGGAGCAGCGGGUCCCCACUGCCCCCCCCUCCACCCCAUAGGCCCCCAGGCUGUCCCUCUUUGCUGCUCGAGAAGGGAUGGGGACCCCUGGGUGGCUCCGUGCCUCAGUUUCCCCUUUCCUUGGGGAGAUGGUGACGCUGACACAUGGAUGGCCCCAUCUGGGAGUGUAUGGAGUAGGAUGGCCCAGGAUAUGCCCCUCCUUCCCUCCCCCCCCCCCCACCUCCCAAAUCUCUGGCAGAUGCUUGAGGUCUGAUGUGGGGCAGGUGUUUCCCAUGCACCCAGCGUUAACCGUUGGGGGGCAGAGCUGUGGGGGGGUGCUGGGGAAAACCUGCUGGGGGGAAGGAGGUGCAUUCCCACAGGAGCUCGGGACCAACCUGGCUCCCUGGGGGGGCUGGAAAACGGCCCCCGGCGCUCUCCCGCCGGCCCCCUCGGGUGGGCACAGAGCCGAGCAGCCCAACCCCUCCCUGCAAUGCUGGGGGAGCUCUGAGCAGGAGCUCUGCCGAGCUGCUGUGGGACCCUGCUGCCAUGAGGGACGUGCUGGGGGGGGCCCUGUGGGACAGGGAACAGGCCAAGCGCAAACUGGACCUGGAGGGCCCUGAGCUCUGCACGCCCAAAGGGAAGGGCAGGACUCUGGCACAGGUCCCCAGCCCCAGGACCCCCAGGUCCCCGGGUGAGAAGACGCGCUACGACACCUCGCUGGGGCUGCUCACCAAGAAGUUCACCCUCCUGCUGAGCGAAUCGCCUGACGGGGUGCUGGACCUGAACCGCGCCGCCGAGCUCCUGGAGGUGCAGAAACGCCGCAUCUACGACAUCACCAACGUCCUGGAGGGCAUCCAGCUCAUCCGCAAGAAGUCCAAGAACCACAUCCAGUGGAUGGGGACGGGGAUCUUUGAGGAUGCGGCGGUGGCAGCCAGGCAGCAGGUGCUGCGUGGGGAGCUGGCCGAGCUGGGCAGAGCGGAGAGGGCUCUGGAUCAGGUCCUGCAGGAGUGCAGCCUGCAGCUGCGGCGGCUGACGGACGACGGAGCCAACCAGAGGUUGGCGUACGUCACCUACCAGGACCUCCGUGCCAUCAGCAGCUUCCAGGAGCAGACAGUGAUCGCUGUGAAGGCCCCCCCGGAGACACGGCUGGAGGUGCCCGACCUCAGCGAGGACAACCUGCAGCUGCACCUGAAGAGCACCAAUGGCCCCAUCGAGGUGUACCUGUGCCCAGAGGAGAUCCCAGAGGACAGCCCUACCAAGGACCACGAUGUCCCACAGCACAGUGCUGGAGGGGACAACAGCACCCACCCCUCCCUUCAGAACAGCCCAGAGCCCCCCAUAUCCCUACAGCCGCCCGAUGGUCACCGUGCCCCACCCUUAUCCCCAUCCUCUCCCCUUUCCAGCCCUGCGGAGCCCCACUCACUGCUGGAGGUGGGCACAGGGCUGCUGGGCUCCCCCCAUCACCUCCUGCAGCAGACGGAGGACCAGCUGCCCUGUGCCCCUUCCUACCUGGACUCGGUGCCCUUCAUCCCCUUCUCGCCCCCCCUGGAGCAGGACGAGUACCUCUGGGGGCUGGAGGGUGGGGAGGGGGUCAGCGACCUCUUUGAGGCAUAUGACCUGGGUGAGCUGCUGAAGGACUGAGCCUCCUCUGCUCCCCACUGCUCCAUCCCUGCCCCACAGCUGGGGAGGGGGGCACAGUGCCCUGGGUGGCUUUGCUGGGGGGGACUUGGGGGUCUCUAUCACCCCCACCACCCCGCGGGCUGCUGGCAGACCUUUGGGUGCUUGGGUACCCCAGGCCUUUGGGUACGGAGCUGGGGGCACCCACCUAGCGGUAAUGGGGCCCCUGCCAGAAGGAGCUGUGUUGGGGAGUGGGGAGGGGGGUCGUGUUUUGGGGGCACUCCAGUUGCUCCCCAGUUAGAGUGGUGCUUUGGGGUGGUGGAUGCUCAUUUGGACCCAUGUGGGGCACCUCCUUGGGUUGGAGCUGAUGGUCAAGAGGCACUGAGCAGGCACUCCCUCUGCUGUCACUGAAAUACCAUUAAGGAAUAACGAGCUGAGACGGAGGCAACUUUUCUUCAAGAGGGGGAUGCUCAGCUUGGGGGUGGGGGGGACACUUUGCCUGCAGCCUCUUCAAACAGAGCCAUGGGCAAAUGGAGCAUCCAUGUGCCGUGAUGGUGCUUGGGGGGGGGGUGUUGGGGAUGGACACUGGGGCUUAAUGGGGCAGAGAGGUGGCAGUUGGUACCUGCAGGGGGGGGUCAGGAGCAGUGUGGGACAGAUCAGCUAUUCCCAAACUGCAUCACUUUCCCCUCCUCUCUGCGGAGGCUUUGGCAUUGCUGGGCCCAGCCUGGGGCUGUGCAGAGGUUUUCCCCUGGUUGGCAUCAGGCUGGGUAUGGCCAUGUGGGUUUUCUCCGUCCUGGUGAUGUGGGGUCAGCGUGGCCCCACCGGCACAAAGGAUGCGCCCCAGGGAAGUCCUCCCCAUUGAAAAACACGUGUUAAUUAUUGCACUGUAUUUAUACAGGACCCACCUCUGACACGGCGCUGUUGGGGGUUUCGGGAUUCAGUUUCUGAGUGUAUUUAAGUUGUCCUUUUCGGGUUCGCUCUGCUGCAGUUUGGUUGGGACGCGGUGUGGGUGAGAAGUGUGUGGCAUGUGGUGUUCUCUGCCUGGGAGGGGAUGAAAGGAGAUGAAAUAAAACAUGAGUCGUCAGCAAAA